AUAACUUGCUUGCUAGAGCGCGACACUACAGUGAUAAUCAUGGCGUCAGAAGAUAUAUUUGAUGCCCUUAUACAGGAUAUGUGUACAAUGGCAACUAGGAAGGCUUUUGAAGAAAUUGAGGCUGAGGAUCUGGCUGCUGUAAAUGGUAGGCUUAAGCCAGCUGGACCUACUCCAGUACAGCUCUCUGUUUGGGGGCGCUGGAAGCCAAAUUUCCCCUUGCCAUGUCCUCCUCCAGCUAACAGGACUGAAAUGAUGACCCCAAGGUGGGGAAAAUUCCUCCCAGCACCAAAGACAUUCUGUGAUGUGGAGACCAUGUAUGAGCGAACUGUGUCCCUCACCAAACGCUGGCUACAGUGUGAACCUGAAAUGGAGGACCAGGUACUCCGCAGGAAACAUGCAGAACGUGUCAAUGUCUGGAGAAAUCUUCUUAUCACCAACAAAAAUGAAACCUUCCUUUCUGGUGUUUUUAAAUACAAAACCACAAAGUCUCUACUAGACACCAUCUGCCCAACCAAGAAAACAAGGCUGGGCAACUCUUUCGAGGUGGUUGAUCUGAAGGACAUCAUCCCUGAGAUUGUUGUUGACUUCGGUGAAGAUGAGGUAGAGGUCCCCUCAGUGGUUGUCUGUGUAGAUAACCCAGUGAAGCCACAGGGAAGCAACAAGAAGAAGCAGAGAAGGAGGAGAUUCCUCUCCUGCUUUGGAAAGUGAACGAAUUGAGCAACAAAAUAAUUAUAAACAGUAAAACAGACAUCUCCUAUAACUGUUGAUCUAGAUAUUGUGCAAUAUGAAUAUAUAUAUUAUAUGAGAUGAUAUAAUGAUUUUUUGAAAAAUAAGUAAAUUUUCCAAUUUUCUUUAAUUUUUGAAGUGAAGAGAUAAGAAUAUGAUAUUUAACAACAUUGCAUCUUUGCUGCUCAGAGGUUAUAUAAUUACUUGGUACUAAGUUAUUGAUUUUGAACUUUUUUUACAUACACAGUCAACACAAGUUAUUUCUGGGAUGAGAGAAUUUCUAAGAUGUCCUUGUUUUUCUUAAUCAAGAGUAAUUUUAAAAAGAAAUACAAUAUUAGUCCAGUGCAAAUCCGAAAAUAUAAAGAAACAAUUUUCUUUUUUUAGAAAAAUGAAUGAUUUGAAGCCCAUAGAAUUUCUAAAUUAGAUAAUUUUCAGAUUUCAGGAAGAUUUUAGUUUCUUUUUAACAUAAACAAGAUAUCAUUUAAGUCAAAAUCUUGGUUACUUUUAACAUCCAUUUAUUUUAGCUGACAUUCAGAUCAUUUGUUUUUUUAAAUUCUGCUAUUCUCAUUUCCAUAAUAAUUGUAUUGAUCCUCUGUAUAAACCAGUCUCCCAUACCUGCAUUUGUGGGUAUUUGGGAUAGUCUUUAUGCAUCUAAACAUAAUCAAAUUUGGGUAUUUCAGUUUUAUCAAACCUGAUAUAUGCAAUGUAUAAGUCAAGAACGUGAAUGCCUUAAACAAGUUCGUGUUUAAGGUGAAAACGUCAAGGUCAGGGAUACUCUCAAACGAGUUUUGUGUUUUAGGGAGCCCUGGCCAACUUACGCAGUGUAUGUUCAAGUUUGAUUUUUUUUAAUCUUUUCCAAAUUUUCCAGUUUUCCCCAAAAAAAUUACUGCUUUUUGAUAUUCAGAUAUUCUCUAUAUCUCUUGUAAAUAUUAUGUUGCUCCUUUUUCAAUUUAAAAACUAUUUUUCUUGAAUAUUUAUUGCCAACAUUUUAAUAUA